AUGACUUUUUCAUGACUUUUCUAGGUCGUGGGAACCCUGCAUAUACAUGUAGGGGAAUUUGUUUCGGUUUGAUUCAGUCUAAAAAUAGAAAUUGGCAAUUGUGCUUUGACAAUUUGUGUUAUGUACAAGUACUUCCUGCUCAAUUUUUAAGAACUGCUCAGGAAGUACAGUUGUUUAGCCUCUUGCAACGGUUCUGGAAUUGGUUCAUUGACAAUUUGGGACUGACACAGCUUUCACGCACCAAAAAAGGGUGGCUGUUAUCAACACUACCGAUGUUUCAGUCAUUUGGAUUCAUCUAUUAAUAAUCUACUCUGUAACAUUCCCCAUUCUUCUGAACCUCCAGCAUUUAUAUUAAAAUUUCUAACUGAACUGUUUUAGACUGUCUCGAGUCCACGUAAGAUGAGUACAGAGUUAUUGCACGGCCCACUGAUAAUGGCGAAUUUGCUGACCCGAGGACACGUCCCAGCGAUCAAGUGCGAAGCCUGCAGUGAGGGCAACCGGGCAAUUGCAAGAUGCCUGACCUGUGAUGACUUCAUCUGCGGCCACUGCAAGCAAAUGCAUGAGCGCUGGGCAAUACUCAAGUGGCAUCAAAUCCGCACGCUGGCCCAGCUCCGAUCAGGAGAGGUAUCUGAUGCAGGAAAGCUCCAGGGUAAUGCACUGAAAUGUGGAGAACAUCCAGAGGAGAGCAUCCACUUCUACUGUGUCAUUUGUGAGCAGCUACUGUGCACCAUUUGCUGCACUCGACAUCAAAAAUUCUCAAAGCAGUCUAUUGUCAGUCUACUUGAUCCUGAAGUGAGAUGCAAGCAAGGUAUCGUAGGACUGGUUUCAAAACUGCAAGUAGCAGUUGCCGAGUUGGACAAAGCUAGGACUGAGCAAGACAAGUGGUAUGGGAGACUUCAGGCAAAAUUUGACGAAAUUAAAAGAAAGGUGUCCCAGAGAGCUGAUAAGGAGGUUGAAAGGGUUCCUGAUAAGGUUGAACAGAUCAGAAAGGAAAAGGACAACCUGAUACAAGAUUUGAAUAAUAUUUAUCAAGACAAAGUCGAGGAACUGAAAGCAGCGAAAAUCACAAUCAAAAAAGAGGCAGACCAGCUACAAAGUAUGUCAGAUGAAAUCAACUGCCUGGACAGUAAAGCUGACAGUCACAUGCUCCUUGUUCUCAAGCAUAAACUUGAUGGCAAACUGGUAGAACUGAUGGCCAAACAGCACAUGAGAGUACCUGAGAAAGAAAGCUUUGUGACUUUUGAAGAGAGUGAGAGGUGUGGGUCAGUUGGAAGACUUAUUCUGGAUGAUGAAGUCAAACUGCAGCCUUUUACCUCGGUCAAAUCCUCGAGAACAGCAAGGCACAGGAAACAUACUCACAAGGAAUUUUGGGACUUCACGACAUUUCAAAAACCAAAAGAAAGAGAAAAGACACAGUCUUCAAUAUUGUCUUCAUUGCCUUCUGCAGUUGCCAAAGAGAUUGAGAGCCAUAAUUCCAAAGUUGCAGAUCUGAGGCUGCAAGAAGAGCCACAACAUCAGUCUCCAGUAGAGUUGCUGAGGCAACGGCCCGAGGAGAGUUGGAAACUAACAACUGAUCUGAAAACCUUUGGACCAAACCAGACAGAGUUUGCAUUUGUAAAUUACGUUGCGGCAUUCGCCAAGGACAAAAUUGUUGCUGUGGACUUUGGGCAGCGAGAGUUGAUUUCAUUCUCGCCAAACUGCAAUUCACCAACCCCCAACAUUCCACAGAAACUAAGCCUCCCCGACUCAAUCAAGGCAAGCAAUGUUGCGGGAAACAAGAAUGAUUUCCUUGUCAUUCUGGAUGGUCUCUCAGUCAAGGUCUUUGACAAACACUGUCAGUUGCUCCACCAAUUUACACCAAGUGUGGGAAAAGACAGCACAAGGUCAUGCCUUAUCGUGGACGAUGACAAUGUGAUAGCAGUGGGAUAUAGGUACAAAGAGCAGCUAUCAUUCCACACCCUGGAUGGCUCUCACAUUAAGACAAUCCAAACUCCAAUGAUUUGGAAUUAUCUGACUGUCUGCCAGCAACGGCUCAUCUACACCAACUACAAGAGAAAGAAGUUGCUUGUGGUAAGCUACAAUGGUGUCCUGGUUAUCUCAUUGGACAUCAUCGGUGACUUCCAAGGGCAGUGGGGACCGACAGGGGUGUGUUGUGACAGCGAGGGCAGUAUCUAUGUUGCAGUGGAAACAGGAGGGACGUUUGCCGAAAUUCGCAAGUACAGUGCUGACGCUGCUUAUCUCGGCUGUGUCACGAUAGACUGCAGACUUCCGAGGGGUAUCACGUUCACAACUGGUGGUGAAUUGGUGAUAGCUGCAAAGCAUUCUGUGAAAAUCUUUCGUUGCUCAGGGCGGUCAAAACCCUUGACUGAAACUUGAUUUGUCCAGUGCUCUAUGAUUUAAUCUUUAACCAAGGUAAAGCCCUACCUGUAUGAGUGGUAAACCAUUCUCCCUGAAGAUGUCAGGGAGAAAACAAUGACGAAAUUUUUCGUUUGAGAUAUGGGAGGAAAACCCAGAGUAAGUAAUCCGGGGAACCAGAAUUUGGUAGGGCCUGAAAAUCCAAUCAACAUGUUGGCCUGGGUGAGACUUGAACCCUGGGCCACAGAGUUGAAGGUGAAGGCGAGGACAGUUAAACUAUGCCAACCUAAAAAUGAUUCCCCUUAAGAUGACAAGAUGUGGCAGCAAAAUGAACGGCGCUAGAGAAAUCAGCAAGAAAGUAUGUUCUGGAAAAUACAUCAAUGGCAAUGCAGCUAAAUGCAACAGCUAAAUCAUGUUCCAGUUGUAUGCUUCCUGUUGUCAUGAUCUUAACAGGAAAAAUGCCACAUGUGGCUGGCAACACUGUGUUAUUGUAAUCAAGUAAUGAGUGAUUUAAUCUUUAAAUCAAUGCAGGAAGUUUGGAGGGGAGGCACAGCCAAUAAUGGUUGCCAUAUUGAUCAAAUGUGCUGAGUAGUGCUUUGAAGAUACUAACGAGAGCGACAAUGCAUUGUUAAUGACAACUAUCUCAGCAUGUCCCCAGCAUAAAGCUCACUUCAAUUUUAUUUCAGGAUGAAUCCACUUGCUUGAGUAACUGUCAGGCAUGCAACUUGGACAUUGACAAAAAUGAAAAAAUGCCAAUCUUUACAAGACUCUGUACAGUGUUUUUCAAUUCUUAAUUAUAUGAGGGUGAAGUCAGCUGAUCCACAGAAAAGUUGCAUGCCUGAAUUGUAAUAUUGUAUACUACAAAGAAAGUGAAAUUCUGGCAUGUUCAAAAUCUAUUCUCAAAUCUUUAGUUUUAUGAUUUUCUUUCAUUACACAGUUACUGGUUAUGAAAACAUAAAGUUAGAUACUAUAAUGAUUGACCCAAAUUUGUGGACUUCAUAGAAUUCUGUGAGGUUGGACUUGAAAAUUUAUUGAAAUUUGUUCAAGUGCAUCACAAUGUGACAUCCCAUGACAAAUUCUGAGCCUAAUUUAUGAAUGUCACCUUUUCUGAUAUUUGGAGUACAUUUCAGAAUAAACUUUUGUACAUAUAAGGCAAACUGUGUAAAAAAUAAAUAUGUAAUAUAUACAUGUAACUGAAUAAGAUGGAAGGCCCGCUUCAAAGACAUUCGGUGACACAUUUAGGCUAUUGGUAGAAGAAAAUGUCACGAAAAGCUGUAAGUAUGUGGACCAUCAAAAGGAAAUCAACUUCAACCCAGGAGAAUAGACAGCUUAAAUUUCAUGGUGCAAACGACCACUAAUAGCUAGGCCUUGGUCCUAGUUCAGUAGGCCUAAAAAAAAAAAAAAAGAAAGAAAGAGGCAAUUCCUUCCUUUAAGCCCCCACUUCACAAUUAAUUUAAUCAACACUAAAGAGGGAAUUUGGUCAAAAGUUUCUUUUCUUUUUUUUUUGGUAUUAAAAAGAUCUUUCAAACAUUUAGUCUCAACCUGUUCCUAUUUUAUAGGAAACCACAAGUUAAACAGCUCAAUCAUGUUCCAGUUGUAUGCUUCCUGUUGUAACGAUCUUAACAAGAAAAAUGGCACAUGUGGCUGCAACACUGUGUUAUUGUAAUCAAGUAAUGAGUGUAUUUUUUGAAGCAAGUUCCCUUUCCUUUGGUAGAUAUGCGAUUCUCACAGUUGGUUUCCUGGACUACUUUAUGGUACACACGCACCAUUUCAACAUAUGAAGCCCUGUCAGAUUGGAG